AUGUCUGAGGCUGCCCCCGCUGCAGCAACCACCGCCAAGGCCGCCGCCAAGAAGCCGAAGGCGGCGGCGGGCGGCUCCAAGGCCCGCAAGCCCGCGGGCCCCAGCGUCACCGAGCUGAUCACCAAGGCCGUGUCCGCCUCCAAGGAGCGCAAGGGGCUCUCCCUCGCCGCGCUCAAGAAGGCGCUGGCCGCCGGCGGCUACGAUGUGGAGAAGAACAGCCGCAUCAAGCUGGGGCUCAAGAGCCUCGUCAACAAGGGCACCCUGGUGCAGACCAAGGGCACCGGCGCCUCGGGCUCCUUCUGCCUCAACAAGAAGCCUGGUGAAGUGAAGGAAAAAGCCCCCAAGAAGCGGGCCGCCGCGGCCAAGCCCAGGAAGCCGGCUGCCAAGAAGCCUGCCAGCGCUGCUAAGAAGCCCAAGAAGGCGGUGACAGCAAAAAAGAGCCCCAAGAAAGCUAAGAAGCCGGCGGCCACUGUGGGCAAGAAGCUGACUAAGGCCGCUAAGCUGAAAAAGCUGGUGGCAACAGCAAAGAACCCGGCCAAAGUGAAGGCGGUGAAGCCCAAGGCGGCCAAGCUGAAAGCAGUCAAGCCGAAGAAGGUGGUGCCCAAGAAGUAAGCCCCCAUAGAAAAUAAUUUUGGCGUUGUAGAAACCCAACGGCUCUUUUAAGAGCCCCCGAUGUUUUCCUAGUAGAGCUGAAAUGCUAUGGCCAUCACCCCUUUCAGGGAAGGAGACAACAGAUUUUCAGCGGAAUGGCAGCCGUUUCUGUUUCGGGACAGACAGGCGGCAGUAAACUGUAGGGGCUGCUUUUAAACCCCUGCCAAGUCGGAGAGUUGAGCAGU